AUGACGCAGCUUGAUUCAGCAAUGAUUGAGCCACCUCCAGAAGUCCUAAUAAUCCUUGAGAAAAUAGCACGUUCGAUUGGACGAAUAGGGUCAUUGGAAAAGGGGUUGGAGCUUGAGAAGACGCUCCUGCAAUUUAAUAUUGGGGCUGAGAAUUGUUCUCUUCUCAAGAAGCCAUUGGCUCUAAAAAGAUGGAGCUUUUUGAAGAGCCAUGAUCCUUAUCACCCAUUUUACCGGAAAUUUUUUAAUGAAUACCUUGCUCAGUACCAAGAUGGAACUCUUGAUCUCCAUGUACCUGAAUCUAACUUUAGUGAUCUUGAGGAGCUUCCAGAUAGAGACCACCCUCCUCCUUUAAAGGAUUUUUCAUAUCCUGAUGGGAUCACACUCAUGGAGCUUGGUAUUAUUAAGCUCACUGCACUGUUUGUGGCGCGGUACGGGAAACAGUUUUGGCUCGAGUCGAUACAGACAUCCAUGAGCCCUCGAUUUAGCUUUUUGAACUAA